UAGGGUUUAUUGUGAAUUUGUAUUGUUAGAUUUUUCCAAAAAGCAAAGUGAAGGAGAUGGUGUUUUCUGAGGAAGAAGUUUCGAGGCUCUUCCGAAUCAGGAAGACGGUGAUGCAGAUGCUGAGGGACAGAGGGUACCUUGUGGAAGACUUCGAAAUCAACGUGUCCAAGCACGAGUUCAAAUCCAAGUACGGCGAGCGCAAGGACCUCUUCAUCCACAAGUCUAAGAAGGACAACUCCAACGAUCGGAUCUACGUCUUUUUCCCGAACGAGGCCACGUUCAACGUCGGUAUCUUGAACAUUUACUAUAACUUUAUGGCUUCUACAAAGGUCUGGAGAGCCAUUCUCGUCACUCAGAUGAGCCUCAACCACUACUUUAGAAAAUGCAUCAACGGAUUGUCUUCCAUAUUUUACUUGGAGGUUUUUCAGGAGGCAGAGCUGUUGGUGAACAUUAAAGAACAUAUUCUCCCUGAACAUCAGAUUCUCCCUGAGGCAGAGAAGAAAACUUUGGUUGAGAAAUACACUGUGAAAGAAAUCCAGAUACCUAGGGUUCAGGUGACUGAUCCUGUUGCAAGAUACUAUGGAUUGAAGCGAGGUCAGGUUGUCAAGAUUAUACGGCCAAAUUUACAAUAUUUUAUCAUGGUUGAUGAUUAUUAGUUCAUAUGAAUAUAUCCCGUCAGAAGAAGGAGAAGGGUGGUGGAUAUCAGAUAAUCAUGAAGCUGGCUAGGCACACUAGGAAUUUAUUUAGUAAUUUUCUGUUUAAAAUAAAUCAUAUCCUAUUUAUGAGGGAUUUGUUACAGUAGGCCACGUUAGAUAAAGUUGACAUAUUAGUUACUGAUUUUUCUCCUUAAUUUAAGUUGCAGCAGUUAAGUUAUACUGUUAUAUAUGUAAUUGAAUAUUUCAAUGAAUAAGUAUCGUUUUUCAGUCCUA